AUGAAACUACUGCUGCAUUACGUGACUCAAGUAGACUAUGAUCAGAGCAUCCUUAUAUGGCAUGUUGCCACUGAGCUCCUAUAUCAAACAGAAGCAGUAAUAAGUGAAAAGAAUCUAUGCAACCGCGAGUUCAGCAAAAUCCUUUCAGACUACAUGAUGUACCUCUUAAUCGUGCAGCCAGCUCUGAUGUCCACAGUUGCAGGAAUCGAUAAAAUAAGGUUCAUGGAGGCUAUAGCAGAAGCUAAGAACUUUCCAGAGGCUAAAAAGUUCUGGCAGAAGAAGCGUCUUGAGAAUUCAAGAAACCCAAAGCUGGCCUGCAAAGAGAUUAUAUCUUCCCUCGAGGAUUUAAAGGAAAGAAAAGGCAAGAGAUAUCAACGCACGAAUGUGCUAGCUGAUGCAAGUAUUUUAGCUAAGGCGCUAAACAAGCUAAGUGGGGAGGGAGAAAAAGAAGUCAUGUGGGAGGUAGUGAGCCAAGUGUGGGUUGAGAUGCUUUGCUAUGCAGCAACUCACUGUGACCCAAAACAGCAUGUAGCACAACUCAGCAGAGGAGGUGAAUUUCUCAGUUUUGUUUGGCUCCUAAUGGCUCAUUUGGGACUUGGGGACCAAUUCCAGACAACAGAGGAGAAUGCUAGAUCCAGAUUAGUGGUGGCCAAGUGA